AUGGAGGACCCUCACAGAUUCGUCUGUUACUACGAGAAUCAGGCCGGAGGCGAUUUAGGAGGAUUUUACGGGGAUCCCUGCACGCUGCGCGAGCUGGAUCUAUUUUCAGCGCCUAUGACUCAGCUUUCGAUCAAAGAUAAAAUUUACAACGAAAUCUCCCCCGUGUCGGCCAUCACCAACACGGGACCCAUCAAGUUUUUCAUCCCCGGAGACGGGGAAAAGUAUUUGGAUCUGAACGACACCCUGCUGCAUCUCCGUGUGAAAAUCACCAACGCCGAUGGGACGGACCUGGCUGACGGCGCAGCCACUCUGCUCAACUUUUCACGCGAUACGCUCGAAAGCCAAUUCACGGCGGGUCUAUUCUACAAAGACACUUCUGGAUCGGUCGAUUCUAUAACGGUCGUUAAUGGCCCGAACAAAGGAUUAAACAGGAGAGCCGAUUUCACGAGCAAUUCGAGAGAAGUACACCUGCUCGGGCCUCUUCACACCGACAUAUUUUUCUGCGAGAGGCUUUUAUUGAACUCGAUCGACCUGAGAGUCAAACUGAUGUGCGCCAGCAACGCGUUCUGUCUCAUGGGAGCGCGUGACUCCGGAUUCCGACUGAACGUGCUGGGAGCGUCUCUUUUUGUGAAAAAAACGACCGUAGCCCCCGCCGUGCGGCUGGGGCACGCCGCGGGCCUGAUGAAAGCCAACGCUCUCUACCCCCUCUUGCGCGUCAUCGUGAAAACAUACUCUGUACCGGCAAACUCUAGGAUAUGUAACCAGGAGAAUCUAUUUCUCAGAACCACUCCUAAAUACGUGGUUUUAGGUAUGGUGCAUCACGAAGCCUUCACGGGGAGUAGAGACCUAUCCCCUUUUAACUUUGUACAUAACGACGUGGAAUACUUGGCUCUGUGUCAGAACGACCGACAGAUCCCCUCCAAGGCUUUCCAGCCGCAAUUUAACAACCGACAAUCCGUCAGAGAGUUUUACAACACGUUCAUGUCUACCGGGAGACAUCUUAAAGAUUUACCUCUGUGUAUUAACCGCGAGGAUUUUAAUGCCGGCUACGCUCUGUUCCUUUUUAAUCUCAACCCCACCGACAACGAUGCGUUGUCGGUCGUAUCGAACGGUAAUUUGAGACUGGAGAUGAGAUUCAGAGUGCCUCUACCAAACAUUACCACUCUUAUCGUCUACACUUGUUACGAUUCUAUUCUAGAAAUAGACGCUAAAAGGCAAGUGCUGGUGGAUUAUUACUAA